UCAUUGUAGCGGUUUUAGGGUUCUAGGCCGGGGUCCCAUGGCGCCAGGCGCCGUCUUCCAGGGUAUGCGCAAGGAAUCGGCGGCAUUCCGCCUCAUGAAGCAAAUGGGAUGGGAAGAAGGAUCUGGCCUGGGGAAGGACAGUCAGGGCAUCAAGAAGCACCUUGUGGUGAAGAAGAAGGAUGAUACCGCAGGUGUUGGUGCGAAUGAAACUCACAAUUGGACUUUCAACACGACUGACUUUGACAAUCUUCUAAAGAAAUUGAAAGUGCAAGUCACUGACAAGCCCCAGCAUCGGCAAAGCGAUCAACCCGACGGCGAAGAAAGUGACGAGUCUGAAAUCGAGAACAAUGAAUCUGAUAGAGAAAAAGAGGAAGAGGUGGAAGUCAAGAAAGUCUGCCGGCCUCAAGGGCGGUACAAGAGGAUCGAACGUGGGAAAAUGGUGCGCAACUAUUCAAAGCAAGACCUUGAAUCCAUUUUGGGACGCGAACAAGUAACCGAAAAGAAGGAACAUGUAAUUACGUUCGUUCCAGUCAAGCAAGUUCACACAAAACAGGAAGUGAAGCUCACUGUGAUCGAUCCACCAGCCGAGUGGUGGGGAAGCAAGCUCGGUUUUGUAAAAGCAGGAACGCUUGGAGCAAGCUCCAAUUGUACAAGUAAAAACACGACAUUUAGUGAAAACGACCAAGAGAUGUUGUAUAAGUCCGUUCAUGACAAAGCUACGAAGGGCAGAGGGGGUUUAGGAAUUGCGGAUCGGGCAAAGAAAAUUGGCGGUGCUCACUGGAAGGGCCAGAAAAUUUCAUUUGGAGAUACCGGAGAAGAAGAAGAGCUCCAAGAGGCUUCCAAAGACACGAAAAGAAAGCGUGAAAGUGGCAGCGGGAGUGAUAGUGAGACGAGAUCAAGCUGGAAAAAGAUAUGCCAGGAGUUUUUGAUGGAGGCUCCACAACAGAAGGUCAGCUUGAAGAAACUCCACAAGCAUGUCUCGUCUGCUGUUGGUGCCGAUUCUUUCAAUGAUAUCGAUAGACUCCGGCGAAAGUUAUCAAAGAGCUCCAGGUUCACGAUUGAAGGCAACAGGGUCUACCUCACUCCCGAAAUCGUUGCGUGAGCUUUUUUUUGUAAAAGUAGCCACGAAAAUUUUGUCGCGAAGAAAAUUUUGUGAGCUUGUGCGCUGGUUGCGAUUUUGCUCCAGUUUUUAAGCAUAUUUUCGUUCUGAAGAGUU